AUCCCAAUCUCUCUCUCUCUCUCUCUCUCUCUCUCUCUCUCCACGUUAACUUACACCACAAUGGCCAUAUCCUCAAUUGCUCUCUCCCCAAGAAAACUAAGGCACGACUUGUACUCCUACUCGUACCAACAAGACUCCAACACCCCAUUAGUCAUCUCUGUUCUUUCUUCUCUGAUUGAGAGAACCAUGGCUAGAAACAAAAGGAUUGCCAAGGAUUGCGCCUGGGCCUUGUCAAGAGACAUUCGGACCCGAAUUUUCGACUCCAACGAGACUCCGGACCUGACCAUCCAGUCCUACUUGGAGAGGAUCUUCCGGUACACUCGGGCCGGCCCCCCGGUCUACGUUGUGGCGUAUGUUUAUAUCGACCGGUUGUGCCAGAACUACCCUGAGUUCAGAAUCAGCGGUCGGAAUGUGCAUAGGCUUUUGAUCACAACUGUGAUGGUGGCUUCUAAGUAUGUGGAGGACAUGAAUUACAGAAAUUCCUAUUUUGCUCGAGUUGGGGGAGUAACAACGAACGAAAUGAACAAUCUAGAGCUUGAAUUUCUGUUCCUGAUGGGUUUCAAGCUUCAUGUGAACGUGAGUGUGUUUGAGAGCUACUGCUGCCAUCUGGUGAGAGAAGUAAGUGUUGGAGGAGGUUACCAGAUAGAGAGGGCUUUGAGAUGUGCUGGAGAAAUCAAAUCAAGGCAAAAAGAAGAUCAGAGAAGAUAUGACCAGAUUGCCCAUCAUGUUUUAUUGUAGAUUGAUCACUUUAAUUGCUCUGUUUCAAAAGAUCAUAGGUUUAAUUUGGUUGUGUACAGAGUAGUGUAUUUUUGUAAAUUUGCUUUGGGUACCCCUGUUUUGGAGCUUUUUACUGAAUCUAGCCCUGGAAUAUUGAUUUGUAAAUAAGUGUUUUAGAUCAUCAGUCUUUGUUUCUUCUCCUUUUUCGGGGGUAUAAAAUGAAUGUGACAGGUUUGUUGUGGACACUUAUGGAAAGAUAAAGCUUAAUUACCUUAUUAUAGUUGACUUA